AUGGCCCACCACCAACACAAUAAUAAUAAUAAUAAUAAUAAUAAUAUCAAUAAUAACCAUUCUAAUUACCAUUCUAAUCAAAAUCAAAAUAAUCACAAUCAUGAACAUCAAUCACCGGCCACUCCUAUUCCUUCAACUCAGCUGUUAGGAUCCCCUAUUACCAUUAACCCCACAAUAACAUCAACAACCCCUCCAAAACAAGAUUACCUUCAUACAGACUACUACUCAGAUGGUAACUUGCUUCUCUUACUAGCCGGUCGCGACCCUGAACCACCACUCAUCAUGUUAACAGAUGAAGAUCAAAACCAUGACGAUUCCGGACCUCCAUUACGUCGACUUAGUUCCAGCCGCAUUGCAGUGACCAUCAGCAAUGAAUCUGUAUCUCCAGUUGUGAGCCAAUACAAUAAUGAUGAAGAGGAUGAUGAUGAUUUCUAUAGUAGUUGCUUUUACAAUGAUGAAAAUGAUAAUGAACUUGCUAGAGAAUUAUAUGAAUGGGGACUAGGAGAUAACCCAGAUCAUCAUCAUCAUCAUCAUCACCAUCUCGGAGACUCUUCAUGGAUGCAAAUUUCUCAAGACGCAGGAACUCUCAUUUCAGAAACUGAGGCCAUGGCCAUCAAACAAAGAGACCCGGAAGAUUGGCGACCGGUGCCUACGUUGUCUGUUUCAUCAAAGAAUAAAGACCCUUCACUAGCUACAAGUUUCUCGCCAGGACAAUUUUCAUCUGGUGCGCUGGCGAUACCAGAUGUUCAAACUACCACGGCCAUAUCAAAAGUUUCAAGUUGUUCAUCAACUUCAAGUUCGAGUUCGAGUUCAAACUCAAGUUCAACAGCAGUUGGGUCUAUAACUAAAACAUCAACAAUAAAUAGUCACCAUCAUAAUCCUAAUCCUAAUCAUAAUCAUCGUCAUCAUCAUCAUCAUCAUCAUCAUAAGUUUAAACAUGGCCACCAAAAUCAUCAUGGUUUAACUUCGGCACAAACCCCGGCGGUUUCCGGGCGUCGGAAACAGGCUGUGAGCCGACGGCCGGGUGAUCUUUGGGGGCUUUUACGUGGUGCGUCUACAACAAGUACAACAAGUAUAACAAGUACACCAGGUAUAGCAGAGACAGAUACAGGUACAGGGGCAUUCCCACCACCACCGCAGAGCCGUCGAGAAUCUGGGUCUGAGGUCAAGACGAGGCCGUUUGUUUCUACUGGCGGGAAAUAA